GAACCUGCAGCGGCAGCUCGGACUGGAGGAAGUGAACUGAGAUUGGAGCACAAGCUGAGAAACUGAGCCCCACUUCUUCACCGAUCUGGGCACCAAAAACUAAAAAGGAGUCGAACCAGAGGGUUGAUCUGGUCCCAGAAAGAGCCCAGUGAAGCGCCUCUGAUCACAUUCCAGCAGAGCCGGAGAAAUGCGCCCCUCAGCGCGCGCACAGCCUGUGUGACGGGCUGCAGCUCUCUGGACCUUCCUCCUGCAGCAACCCUGAGCCAGUGAAGGAACCAAACCACUGGACAAAAGUAAAACGGGUCCUGCUUUCACUUUAAUAAGUAGCCAUUCACAAUGGAAGAGGGAUACGAGCUGGACCUCACGUACAUCACAGAACGGAUCAUUGCUGUCUCCUUCCCCCGGGGUUGCUCCGAGGAGAUCUACUCGCACAACCUGAAGGACGUCACGCGGAUGCUCAAGUCCAAGCAUGCAGAUAAUUACCUGAUCAUUAACCUGUCAGAGAAAAGGCAUGACCUCUCUAAAAUGAACCCGAAGACUCUGGACACGGGUUGGCCAGAUCUGCACGCUCCUCCUCUGGACAAGAUCUGCACCAUCUGUAAGGCCAUGGAGAGCUGGCUCAAUGCUGACCCUCUACACGUGGUCGUCAUCCACUGCAGGGGUGGCAAGGGAAGAAUUGGUGUUGUCAUUUCAUCUUUUGUGCAUUUCACUGAUGUAUCAGCCAGUGCUGAUCAGGCGUUGGACCGCUUCGCCAUGAGGAAGUACUACGAUGAUAAGGUCUCAGCUCUGAUGACACCUUCGCAGAAACGGUAUGUCUGGAUUCUCAACAGUUUACUGAGUGGAUCCAUGAAGAUCAACGCCUCUCCUUUGUUCCUGCACUGCAUCAUCCUUCACGGGUUGCCAAACUUUGACGACGCCACCAGAGUGUGUCGCCCAUACAUCAAGGUCUACCAAGGAAUGCAGGCCGUGUACUCAUCUGGAGUCUAUCACAUCGGCACAGGCCACAGAGACCGAGUUUGCAUCAAUCUGGAGCCGGCCCAGCUCCUGAAAGGGGACAUCAUGAUUAAAUGCUAUCAUAAAAGUCACGUAACUCCACAGAGGGAGGUUAUUUUCCGGCUGCAGUUCCACACGGGAGCAGUGCAGGGUUACAACCUGAUGUUUGAAAAGGAAGACAUGGAGAAUGCUAACAAAGAUCCCAGAUUUCCAGACUAUGGAAAAGUUGAGCUCGUCUUCUCCGAGGGACCAGAGAGGAUUCCAGGUGCUGACAGAUGGCAAAACGGCCCAGAUGUUGUUGUGGAUUACAACACAGCCGAUCCGCUAACCCGCUGGGACUCGUACCAGAACAUCUGCGAUGGUGAAGCACAACGGUCUCAAAGCCUAAGCCAGGACAAAGCAGCUAGUAAGAGGAGCCCCAUCGGAGGAGGAGGGGCCACGCUGGGACGAGGGACCCGCACAACCUCCGCCACCUCGAGCCCUGACCACAGUGACCACACACUCUCUGUAAGCAGUGACUCGGGCCUGUCCAGCACAUCACUGUGGGCAGAUAGACCCACACCUGUCACCUCCGCCACCACCACCACAACCACCACCACAACCAGGGCUAACCAGGGACCCAGCCCACAGGAGAAGGUCCAACUGAAAUGCCUCCUUAAUGGUUUUGGUCUUGACGAUCCUUCGCUGGAGGAGAUGGAUGAUCAAGACACUAAAGUGGGCUUGCAGCAGACAGUCCCAUCACAAGUGCACUAUAACGGAGACGCUCGGCCCCGAGAGAGGGAAACGGACAUCCUUGAUGAUGAUGUCAUUACGGGUCAUGAUCUGCACAGUGUGGACAGCCUAGGGACCCUGUCGUCCUCCUGCCACAAGAGCAGUCAGAACUCCCUGCUGUCAGAUGGUUUUGGGUGUCCUGGAGGUGAGGAGCAUCCAAACCAGCACCACCUGCAUCAUGCUCCUCCCGUGGAGGAGUAUGAGCGAUCCUACACGGAGGCCAAAAGAGCCUUUCUAAACUCCAGAAGCAACUCUGUGGCAUCUUCGAAUCCCAGCGGCCCUCCCCCACCCAAGCAGCAGUUGUACAGACAAGGAAGCUACUCUACACAGUCCUGGGUCCGUCAGCAGCAGAUGGUCGCAGCGCAGCAGUUUAUCUACAUGGCCGAGAAUGGGAACGAAACGGAGCGAUACCCUCGAAACAAGCCUGUGAGAAGUUCACCCAAAGAAUUGCCCGCUGAACCACAAGACCGCAUCAGGGACACCCCGGCCGACGCCAUUAAAAACUCUGCCUCUUACAAAGAACAAGCGGUGACGAACAAUAACAACAACAAACAACAGGAUGAGGAGUUCAAGUCGCUGACGAUGGACAUCGACAACUCCAUCGAUCAGCUCAAUCAGUUGAUCAUGGACCUGGAUCCCACCUUCGUACCAGUGUCGAGCCACGGCAGCUCUGUCAAGAGAAAUGGCGCAACACAGGUCAACAGUUCAGACAGCAAAUGUUCAAACGGCAUCAAUCUCCGAUUCAACGACAGUAAAUCAGCAGCCCUGAAAAACACACAGCAGACAGAACCCCAAGGAUAUUCUGACAUCAAUCAUGUUGUGUUGGAGACUUUGCCAGACUCCUCCAUCAGCUGCCACAGGAUGCUGAGUUCUACACACUCUGCCUCCAUUGUUGGAAGCCAUCAGCACGCAGACAGCUCUUCUGUGAAUCAGUCUUGGCCAGAGCAUUCUGUCCUGAGCCGCCACACCUCACUGGGUAAUUACCCCUCUGCCCGACAGCCACCGCAGCACUCCAUGUCUCUGAACUACGGUCACCACUCUCCUCCCUUACACCACCCCCACGCCCACCCAGCCCCUAAUGCCCACAGCUCCCCUCGAAGCAGCCAGCGGAGCCAGAUGGCUUGCUAUGCCCUCAGCCGUAGUUCCGCUCAAAGCUUUGACGAGCAAGACGACUCGGGUCAUGGCUACGGCACGGACUGUCCAAAUGUGGGCGUCGAUAGGGAUAAUUUAUCCUCCGUGGAAAGGCAUCAUCAGUCAUUGACUCCCCAGGUGCAACCUCCUCUGCUACCAGAAAAAAAACGCGCUUCGGAUGGGGAGCAUUCACUGGGAACAGCCUCUCCUGCCCUCAGUGGAUUCUCAAGUCCGCACAGUGGGAGCUCUCUGAGUAUUCCUUUCCCUAAUGUCCUGCCUGACUUGUCGGCUCAGACGCCAUGCGCAGCCUCACCUCUGCCAGACGUUCUUGCCAACAAGCAGGUUACUGCAAAGUUUGUGCAGGACACGUCAAAAUUCUGGUACAAACCAGACAUCUCAAGGGAUCAAGCUAUUGCAGUCCUAAAGGACAAGGAGCCCGGCUGCUUUAUUGUUCGGGACAGCCAUUCCUUCAAGGGGGCGUACGGUCUGGCCAUGAAGGUGGCAACACCCCCUCCCUCUGUUUUCCAGCAAAGCAAAAAAGGAGGAGAUCUGUCCAAUGAACUGGUGCGCCACUUACUGAUCGAGUGCACGCAGAAAGGAGUGCGUCUGAAGGGUUGUCCCAAUGAGCCCUACUUUGGAAGCUUAACUGCUUUGGUCUGCCAGCACUCAAUCACACCUCUGGCCCUUCCCUGCAAACUUAUUAUACCUGACACAGAUCCUUUUGAAGAUGUUGUGGAGAAUACAUCCCAGUCUGUCACAAACUCUGCUGCGGAGCUACUAAAACAGGGUGCAGCUUGUAACGUGUGGUACCUCGGCUCUGUGGAGAUGGAGUCGCUUACCGGGGUCCAGGCGGUGCAGAAAGCCACUACCAUGACCCUGAAUGCAAACCCUCUACCAAACUCCACUGUGGUCCACUUCAAAGUGUCUUCUCAGGGAAUCACGCUGACAGACAACCAGAGGAAGCUCUUUUUCAGGCGCCAUUACAAUGUCAACACAGUUAUAUUUUGUGCUCUGGACCCUCAAGAGAGAAAGUGGAAAAAAGAUGGAUACCCUUCAGCAAAAAUCUUUGGAUUUGUGGCGAGGAAAACCGGCACUUCCAUAGACAACAUAUGUCACCUGUUUGCAGAGCACGAUCCUGAGCAGCCUGCAAGUGCCAUAGUCAACUUUGUGUCCAAAGUGAUGAUUGGUUCACAAAGGAGUAAGUAGGAGGGGGACUGAUCAGCUGGGAAGACAUGUACUGGACAAAAGAAGCAGCGGUUUAAAGACUGAAGAAAGGGUGAAGCUGAGACCUUAAGUCCUGGAAUCUAACUGGAUGUUGUCAAGAAAGUUAAUGGUAACAUGAUAAUAAGUUUAUGUAAAAACACAUCCUUUCUCAUAUGAACUGUAAAUUAGUCAUGAAAGGAAAGAAAAACUAAAUAAUAGACAUGUUUUUUACUUGUUCUCGUGUUUUGUACAGUUAGAUAUAUUCAUUGUAACUCUUCAU